UUAAUGAUCAUAGGCACGAUAGUUUUACAUGUUUUAUAAUACCUAUAAACAUUAUUUUGCGCUUCUUUUAUAGUUUUGGCUGUGAAAAAAAAAAAAACGUACAUGCACAAUAUCGCUGACCACAGAGCUCUUUGGGGAAUUUAUUGUUACGUAACUAGCUUUUGUUUAUAAUUCAAUUGUGUUAUUUACAUGUGGUCGUGCGCGUGAGGUGGUUGUUGUUGGUGCUUCGUUGAAGAUGGAAAAAUGCGUUUUCAUCGAACAGUUUGUGCAAGAAGUUCGUAGUUACAGCUCGCAGUAUGGGAGUGAUUUUAGUAUUUCGUACACAGCUUACAAUAUUACAGGGAGGCCAAGCAAAUUUCCAGAUUACGGGGAUUUUCCUCAAACAUUUGUAAUGAGGACGUACGGGCGGUGGUGGGACGAGGCCCCGUCGAGAAGCGAGGUGUACAUGCCGCAGACGUGCGGUGACAUCGCCAGCCAGGACUACAUAGAGCUGGAGUUUGAGCAGGCGGUGUUCCCGUCCCGCGUGCACGUGUACGAGAUCUACAACCCGGGCGCCGUUGUGCGCGUCUGGGCGUCGGACGGCGACCGCUGGGCGAGGCUGUGGGAGGGCGGCCCUCAGGUCGUGGGGCAUGUGCCGCGCAUCUUCUCCCCGGACAUCGCGCGGGUCCACUUCCCCGCCAAGCUGCUGCGGCUGGAGUUCAGCCACCGCCACCUGGACUACUACACGGAGAUAGACGCCGUGCUGCUGGCGGGGAGCAAGCGCGCGCCGGCCCGGGGUGGAGGGAGCGGAGGGGGCUGCGACCAGGCAAGCGUGGGCAGCCUGGCGUCCCACAUCCUCGACCUGAACAUCCACAGCAUCCCGGCGCAGGUGGAUAUCCCGUCCUCUAUUGAAAAGUUCCUAGCCAAUGAUUUGCCGCAGUUGUUGAAAGAGGCGGAGAUUGCCACACAGCUGGUAGCACCUGUCGCUAGCGAGAAGCCAGGCUGUGGGUUCGACCUUCUGCCGAAUGAAAUUAUUUUCAAAAUAUUUGGGUAUUUGGAUCUGAAGUCUCUGUGUAGAUGUUGUCAAGUCGACAAACGAUUCCAAAACUUGGCCUGUGAUUACCAGCUUUACACCGAAGUCAACUUGAAGGUGUAUUGGUUCUGUGCGACAGGGCGGACCUUGUCGGCCCUCGCGCCCCGCUGCCGGCUCCUCAGGAAGCUGGACCUGUCGUGGUGCGGCAGCCUGCGGAGCGUCACCGCCGACCACUUCGCCAGAGCUGGCUGUUCAGAACUGCAACGACAUCACGGAUUCCGGCUUCUUUUCCCUGUCCACCUUGAAAGGUCUGGAACGCCUGGACUUGUACCACACGCUCAUAACCGUCGAGCCACUGAAAGCCAUAAUUAUGGCUUCCCCUUGCCUGAAGCACAUCAACUUGGGUUCGUGCAGCAAGAUCGCCAACAUGGACGAGGUGGCGCGGGCGCUGGGCGCCCACUGCGCGGGCCUGGUGUCGGUGGACGUGUGGAAGACGUGCAGCCUCACCCCGGCCGGGGUGCGUGCCCUCGCCGGCUGCUCCCGGCUGCAGGAGGUCGACCUGGGCUGGUGCCUGGGGGUGAACGCCCCGGACGACUGCCUGGUGGCGCUGGCGCACGGCUGCCCGCGCCUCCGCAAGCUGUUUCUGGCCGCGCUGAAGAGCGUCGGCGACCGCGACCUGGAGCCGUUCGUGCGUCUCUGCCCGGGCCUGGAGCAGGUGGACCUGCUGGGCAUGCGCAACAUCUCCUCCGGCCUGUGCCUGCAGUUCCUGUCGCGGCUGCCCCGGCUGCGUCUGCUGGACGUGAGCUUCUGCGACCAGAUCCAGGACGCGGAGGUGGCGUGCUGGCGCUCCUUCUUCCCGCACGUCAGCAUCAAGUGCAGCUUCCAGCACGAGGGGCCGUCCCCUCCGCCCUCCCCCUCGUGACGCGGGGAUUGUGUCGGGGACACACGACCAGGCCAGCAAGAGCACUUCGUAAGUUACUGUUGCUGACACAAGAGACUGUCCGUCACGAUCUCUUUUCGUAACCAUUAUUUACGCCCGACAAAUAGUACACUGUUGUCAGGCAGCACUCCGUUUUCCCAGAAAGAAAAGCCAAACUGCAGUUGUGUUGCUAGCAGAAAUUUAAAAAAUUAUUAUCUCAGUGUUAUUUAAGCAGUUAUAGUUUAUUGGAAAAUUGAGACUUAUGAUUAGAGGCACUGGAAAAUCGUAAAAACGAUAUAGGCGCGAAUAAAAGCGACAAAAUGGUUUACCGACGAAUAAACGCUACAAUCCCGUUUUUAGAAGUAAUUAUAAAAAUUUCAAGUAAUAUUAAAAUUUCCAGUAAAUUUUAGGUUUACCUAAUAUUUUUAAAUAAAACAUUGUUUAUUAUUAACGGCCUAACCUCAUACAAUUAAGAACAUUCUUUAUUUUAUGCAUCUUCUUAGCGCGUUUGAAGAUUACCUAAUAAACGGUGACGAUGGCGAGCCAUGUAAACAAUCAACACGAUCUAUGAAUCUUGUAAAUAACACGAAACACAAUUUAAAUACGCAUAGGCUCGCGCGGAAACUUGGUUAACGGCAAACGUAACGUACGACCCAAACAAAUGUAAAAGAUUAAAGAGACGUUUAUUUACGUGCAUGAAUAUUCUCCCGGGAAAGAAAGUGAAGAAAACUUUCAUAGACAAAAGGUGAAAACAUUGAAGCGGCCAUGUUUGCCAAUGCGUGCGUGAUAUUAACACAAGCAAUCAAAUUAUUUACUGUUAAAUGACAGCUAAAAUUUAAAAAUGCUUUAAUUUAAGUUUACAACACACGCAGUUUAUAUUUGGCAACUACAAAAAAAAAUUACGAAAAUCUACUUCAGUAAAAUUCGUUAGCACUUUAACGGGAAAAAAAUAUGGCAGCAAUGUAGCUCUCUGCUUUUGCCGCUCAUUUGUUGAACGUACCUAGUGUUUUCCUAAUUUCCUAACCCGAAAAACAAACGGUAAUCUGUGAAACUAAAAUAUUGCGCUGCUAUUCACAGUAAAAUUAAGGUUAUUAAAGUUGGUUUUCUGUAUCGCGUUCGCGUGCAAUGCAGUUAGGACUAGGGGAACCUUUUAAAAUAAACACUUCCAGAAAUGUUUUAGGUUAUAAUUUCAUCCGUCCAUUUUCGCAAUAUAUAUAUAUAUAUAUAUAUAUAUAUAUAUAUAUAUAUAUAUAUAUAUAUAUAUAUAUAUAUAUUUUUUUUUUUUACCAUUUUGGGACGGACAUAAUCUGUUACCGUGCAGUGCACAUACUUAUGUGCAAAGCUUGCAACAUCCGCAUAAACUGGGAGAAGAAUUAAAAUUAAAGCUAUAUAAAUGCUAUAUGGCAAAAUAUAAAUGCUACGAACAGCCAUUAUAAACGCUAUUUUCCAGUGCCUCUACUUAUGAUGUAUUGUUAACGAGAAUGUACUUUUCAGCUUCGUUAUCUCACACAGGUACACCAAUUUUUUCCGGCGUAUAAAACGAGAAUAUUACUAGUUCUGAAGAGUUUUCUUUGUACAGAAAACCAGGUUUUAUUGUGUGAUAGUUCUUAUGAGAUGAGAAUGAGUUUUGAUACGUGGGGAAGAAAUAUUCUUAGAAUGGUGAAUGAGUAAUUCCAUCAUAAAAUGAUGCUCUGAAAUUUUUAGAACACUUUAACAAGCAAAUUGAUGCUUCUUCGAUGAUCAAGAUACAUCUUAUGUGAAGAUACAGAUUUAUUUUCCAAUUUCCAUUACUAAAAAUCUGACAUCCAUACCAUAUUUAUUCUAGCAAUUGCAUACGUAUUACAAAUGUCUGGUGUUUGUCAUAUUAUGCAGAAGAUAUUUUAAAUGCAAGUAUCCUUUGAUCCCUUGACUUUUCCAUUUAUUCUGGUUCGUGCACAUAAACUGUGUGGAGAUGUUAUAGAGGGUGGCUUUUGUUCCCAAGGGUAAAAAAUUACAUGAAGCAAAGGAUGGCUAAUACUUUAUUCCUACGGACAAGAUUUUAUGGUUUUAUUUCUAGGACAAUUUCAUUUUUAAAACCGGAGAUGUCAUUUAGUGUUUUUAUUUUUGUACAUUGCCUUUAUUCAUAAUAAUUGUGCAUUAUUCAGCGCAUGUGAAUCUAAAAUAUUUCUUAAUAAUUUUUCAAUAGAAUAUUCACAUUUUCACUGACACACGAUGCACUUAUACAAUAAAGUCAUUAGUAAUAAUAAGCAUGUCUACAUCAUAACCACUCAGAAAAAUAAAAAUAAAUGUGCAAAUUUUUGUGUGUUUAAAAAUGUAUUAUUUUGUUGAAAAUUCAUGCUAAAUAAAUUACAUUUAAUAAAUUUACCAUAAUUAGGGCUGAUCGGUUCCCACAUUUUCAGUUCAGUUCGGCUCGGCUCGGUUUUUUGUUAAAAAUGUCGGUUUUCGGUUCGGUUCGGUCACGACUUCAAAAUUUUUCUUUGAGCUGUCAUACCAAAAAAAAUUCCACUAUAGUAUUUGAUUACUUGCAAUAUCUUGCAAAAGUUUAAUUUCUUAGGGGAGUCACUUUCUCAGCAAUAUAAAAGUUAUUUUCAACUACUAUUUGUAUUUAUAAAUAAGUUUAUAUGCUACUGAAACAACCAUAUGUGUAAAAAGGAACAGAACAAAACAGUUUAGAACAUUAAUAAUUAGUAUUACAUUAACCUUGUUGCCAGCUUCACUUUCAUUUGAGUUUAACACCUAAAUCUAUUUAAGACAUAAGUAUAAAAUCAGUGAAACUUACAAGUGUCACAUGUAAAAAAAUAAUUUAUAACAUUCAUAAAGAGAAAACCUUGGAAUCACCUUCACUAUCAUUUCAGUCAGACCCCUAAAUAAAUUUAACAGAGAAGUAUAAAAACAAUGUAUCUUCCAAAUGUUACCUAAUUGUGUGUAAAAGUAACAAUAAAAAAUCACAGCAUUUAUGAACAUAACCCUGAAUACAAAUUCAGUUUUAUAGCAGGCACAUUCACUUUCAUAUCAGUCAAAUCCAGAGAAUCACUCAAGUAUUGUAUCAUAGAGUAUUGUCACUUUUUGUUGAGAUGAGAUAGGUACUGUUUGUUUUGUUCAAUGAAAACAAGUUUCUCAAUGGUGUCAGGAUUAAGACACUCCCUACGCAUUGUAACAAUAUUACCUGCUGCUGAAAACAUUCGUUCACUAGAAACCUGGCUCGCAGGGAUGCUAAGAUACCGCAUUGCAAGAGUUGAGAGUGCUGGGUAUUUCUUUUUGUUGGUUGCCCACCACGCGCAGGGAUUACCUUUCUUAAUAAUAGGCUCUCUUAAAUAGUUUGUAACUUCAUCAUGUUCAUGGUUUUCUUUACAAGCUACCUUAGCAGCAUGUCGUAAACUAUCCCAGACAGAAUUUCCUUCCUGCUCAUCCGAAGAAAUGUCUACAGAGUACUCCAAAUCAUUGUUUUGGAGAGCACUGGUCUCAUCCUGCAAGCCUCUUGUAACUUCACUGGUCUCUUCGUUUGUAAAUAAAACACUUUUAAAUCUGGGGUCAAGAACUGUGGCGUAUAGGUACGUUUCCUGUUUCCUAACAUCUGAAAAACGUGAAUCUAGUUCUUUUAGCAGAUUAGCAGCAAAGACUUUGCCUUUGGAAUUUUCCUGACCCAGAAAUAUAUUCAGUUUAUCCUUCACACCAUCUAGCAGGGGGAUAACACAUGAUGAUGUUGGGUACUGUUCUUUGCUUAUUUCCCGAGUUGCUUCUUCAAAUGGUGCCAGCACUUCAACAUAACCUUCCAGAAGAGCCCAAUCAGAAUCUUGCAGUUUCCUUAAGUUGGUUUCUGCAGAAGCCAGUUCAGCAGUUAUAGUACUUCUCAGCUUACAAAGGCGCUCAAGCAUAGCAUAUUCAGAGUUCCAACGAGUAGGAACAUCUUGAACAACUUCAAGUACGGGUUCGUUGAAAGCUUUUUGAAUUGUUUGGAGUCUGCUUCUUGCUUGGCUGCUUUGGGAAUAAUGUCCAACAAUACGACGUGCUUUCUUGAGAAUUUCUUCCAUACCUGUGGUGUAUUUUCUGGCACUUGAAAUUACUAAUUGCAGUGUAUGGGAAAAACAAGAAUUACCUAUCCAUGCAGUACGAGAAACAGCGUUUACAACAUUUGGCCCAUUGUCAGUAACUAUGUAAACAGGAAUUUCUUUGUCCUCAAGAUCCAUGUGCCAUGUGUUCACAAUUUCUUUUAGCUUUUCGCAUAUUGCUUUUCCAUCUUUUGGUCCAUGGAAACACGACAUUCCUAAGCACAAGCGUUGAAUCUCAAAAUCAUCCCCCAUGAAGUGACAUGUUAGCGAAAUAAAACUGUCCAUGGACCGACUAGUCCAUAUGUCUGUAGUAAAAGACAAUGAUUUUAUCUUGCCAAGGUUACUCUGUAGAACAUUAUUGACAUCUUUCUUCAAUGUGUCAUAUAUGUUGGGUAUCACACGCCGGUAGAAUGUGUGGCGUGAUGGAACAUUGUAGCUGGGCAGAGCUUCUGCCAUUAUAUCUCUAAAUCCUUCUUCUUCAACAAUUGUGAAGGGGUGCAUGUUAACAGCUAUCCAUGUUCCAAUUUUGGUGGUAAGAGCUUCACUCUUUGUGCUAUCUGCAGGCCAUUUUUUUUGUUUUUUGGAAAUCACUUCUGCUAGAGUUUUUUGAGUGGCACUACUUUCUUCACAUUUGUGUUUUUGUGCUUCUUUUACUUCCUGACUUUUUGUGAAUUCAAAAUGUUUGUCAGGGUGCUUUUCAAGGUGUUUAAUUAAAAUACUAGUUGAACCAUACUUGGUUUUAUAGGUGUUGCCACACACUAAACAUUUUGCGCUGCUUAUUUUAUUACCUGAAUCCAGCACCUUUUCGUAAUACAUCCACACAUUUGAGCCACUGACUUUUCUCUGCAGCUCAUUUCUAGGCUUCGAUUCAUUGUCGUCCGGUUUUGUAGGUGGAGAAACCUUGCUGAUCUUAUUUUGCUGUUUAAAAAGUGGAAAGAUUGCCACUUUAUUUCCCCAAGUGGAACAGCCGGGCGUAUUGAUGUUAACUUCUUUUUCUGGUUCAGUCAUUGUAAAAAGAGUUACUAUUAUCUUACCAUCCUUGCGUUUUGCUACAAUUUGUAACAAUAAAUAAUAAAGAAACUACUUUCGGUCAGCUUGUACUAGUUACAUUCACGAGCGUCAAAAUGUAAACAAAUGCAACCUGUAUGGCUGUAAGAAAAGAAUUCCCACCUUUGAAAAAAGUUUCCCUAUUUAUUUUUAAAUGUUCCGUUAAACAUGAUUGUCAGACAACGUCUGGCUGUAUGGGCUAUUAAACCAUGAAUAUUAAUUAUCUUCAUGAAAAAAAAAACUAGCAAAGCUCUUGGAAAUGAGACCACUACUGGAAAACUCAAUGUACAAUACUGUGUACGUGUGUACGUGCGCAGACGUGGUAGACAUGACUGCAUGGCGCCAUAUUCACUAAUAAAAAAUUCUCAUUACCUACUUGCUAUUUUUUCGUGACCUUUUAACCUCUUUUACUACUUUUCGUAACUGAGGAUAUUUGUGGCAAACAUAAUUUCAAUUUAUGAAAUGUACUGGAAUAAAAUUCAAUAGCAAUAAUGUGAUUAAAAGCAAUAUACAAAUAAAAACUUCCUACUGUAGCCUCUAUGCCGGGAGUUAAUGGACAAGCCAACAUAAACAAACGUCUUAACCAAGAAAACGUCUUAACCUACCAGUGCAUUAAAGGCAGAAUGAAUCAUAAUGACCAUAUUUUCAAAAUACACAAGUAAAGUAUUCAUAUUUAGUAUGCGGUAUUUACUAGGAUUUUUUUUCCGUCACGUGCGUAACAUCAACAUCUUUGCGGAACACGGGCAGUAUUAUUUUUAAUUCCUUCGUCACAGAUGUUCAUAGUUGCCUCCAAUUACCAAGACGUAGUGGCAAAAAAGAAUUUUUAUUUUACGAGAAAUCAAAUACUCUAGACUAUAACGACGCAAAGCCGCAAUAAUCACGCGCGAAUAGUAAACAAACUACAUCUAAAGGGUCUGACGACAUGCACAUUCAUUCUCCAACUGCCAUUUGGAACGGAACUUAGAAGGCAACUAAUCGAUCCUAGCGCACGUAUAGCGCAUUCUGUGAUGUGAAAAUAGAACUGAGUGACGCCAUGCGUCGUGAGCGCCCUGCAGAAUACGAACGGAACUAAGCAAUGCUACGAAACUUCUACCGUUUUAGCUUACGAACCGGAAUUAAAUAAAUAUUAUUUUAGUAACGGAAGUGAUAUAUCCUUUAAAUAAGAAAAAACCAUAUAUUUAAGAGAAAAUAGUAGUAUUCCGACAGAAACUUCCGACGUUAAACAUAGGAAAUAGUGAACUGUAAGAAACUCUUAGACUUUACUAUCCCAUGGUUAAAAUGGCGAACAUUAAGAGAAUAGAUGAUUUAAACGUUUUAUAGUGAAAAACUUAGCAUGCGUCUUAAAUGUGUUUUGAUGUAUUAUGCAAGCGGUACGUUUCUUAUCCAAUAUGAAUGUUAAAUACAUUAUUUGGUAGAUACUUGAAGUUAGUUUUUAAUGCCCUAAUAAAAACCGAAUCAUCGGUUUUUUCUGGGAAUUCGGUUCGGCUUCGGUUUUUACUAAAAUGACCGAACCGAACCGAAAAUUCGGUCAACCGAUCAGCCCUAACCAUAAUAAUGAUAAAGGAUAAAAAUAUUUGGUAAUUUCAGUUAAGUGCUGUCAAACUGCUGAUUUAUUUCAUGUUUUUAUUUACAUUUUGGUGCUAAAUAUUUUAUUAACUUGCAUUACGGUGUAUUUACAUGCUUUGUGGUGUUAUUUAGGUUUUAUCGCAAUUUACAAUAUAAUCUUGUCCGUAUUCAUCCCUUAAUACUGUAUAUACCCACGUACCACCCGCCCCCGGGUAAGACCCGCACCCUUAUUUUUAGAAUGCCAUGGUGGGAAAAAAUGUUUUUAUUACAAAUUUGCAUGGAAAAUAAAUAAUUUAGUCGUGAUUUCUUUUCCUUUCAAACAGUAACAAAUCGUAAAGAAUUACUAAAAAAAGUACUAUGCUACUUACUACAGCCUCGGCAUUUGUGUUAAAAGUGUACAGAAGGCAGGCAACUGCAAUGUGGCAACAUCGCGCGAGUAGAACGUGGCAUCGGCACGCGCGAUCGCGAUCGAUAACAACACGCAGUGUGUGCGCGUGACCUUGCCCAGCUCCCAGUUGUUUACAGUUACAAUCUUCCGCGUCCAUUAUUGUGCGCUGGGCAAUGACCUCGUUCAAACAAAUAAACGAUAAAGCACGCGAGUUCUAGCUGCGCAUAAUAAAAACUAUUUUUAUUACAUGCAUAAUAAAAAACCUUGUGCCUAAAUGUGGCAUAUUCUACAUAAAAUAUAAAUUAGGUUAACACAAAUACGACAUUUAAUUAGGCUUAAAUAAAAGUGACUCACAAAAUCACACAGACAAUAAAAUUAACAAAAGAAUAACAUGAUGUCACAGCGGUCGGCCAAGAACGGACUUAACUUCCUCACAGCUGUACGUAGUUGUAGAGUUUUUCCUCUAUCUCCGGAAACUUUGCUACCGCACCACGGAACGCACGUCUAUCGCCACUGGCCGAAAGCAGUUUGUCUUUACUUUUCCUCCAAUCCCUCACACAUGAUUCGUCGACAUCAUAUUUUCGCCCAGCGGCACGGUUACCGAUUUCUUCCGCUUCACUGAUUAUUUUUAAUUUUUCCACAACUGUGAAAGAACGCAACUUUUUAAGAUUCAUUACAAUACUUGCAGCCAACACACGUGUAAAAUCACUGGGUACUUUGCAAAUGAGGAUAGGACAGUGCGUGGGAGUGCACGUUUGUAACCAGCGAAGCUGCAGUGUGACAAUGCUGUGAGGAAUGUGACCUUGACUGUCUGCCACUUCCUUCCCAUCCCUUUCCCUUACCCCUCUUGUCUAUCGCAGCAACCUCCAGUCGCGCCGGCGUUAUUUCGUCACCGUGCAAAAAUGGCCCAAGACCCAUGUAACACUCGCACCUUACUUUUUCGAACCUGAUUUUUUUAAAAAAGGUGCGGGUGGUACGUGGGUUUAUACGGUAUUCCUGAGUAAUGUAAAUACACAAUUUGGAGUUUCAAUUGAAAUAAUAUUGGUUCCAAUGGUUAAAUUCAUUAUAGGUUGGUGAAGCGCAAAGCUUGAAAAUUUUAUUCUCAAAAUAUGAUGGUGGUAUGUAUGUAUGUAUGUAUGUAUGGUGUUUUUAUUUUAUAUAUAUAAAGUAAUUUCUAGACCCUUGCUUUGUUCUUCUGUCAAAAGUCCUUGUAAGUGUGAUGCAGUAGAAAAGUUUUCUUUGAACCACUGUAUUUUUUAAAAUCCCUUUUAGAAAAAAGAACAUUUGGUGUUGUAUAUAAUUGUGUACAAUUUUUAACUUUAUUUAAAAUUUGUUUAAAAAUACAUAAAACUUGUGAUUAAAUUAUAAUUUUUAAUAGUUUGGUUAAUACUAGUGACGUGCAAAAUCCCAAUUUUCUUGAAUCCGGGAUCAAAAAUAAAACAAUGUGCAAGAAAUAAAAAUGUUAAUUAUGGUGUUGGAACAUUCAACGCUGUAAAUUUUUGUUCCACAGACUUAGUUCUCAGGAUCAAUGUAAUUUUGAGUUUUAUUUAUAUAAUUACAUGUUAAAUUACAAAAUCUUGGCACAGGUUAGGUAUUAUAGAAAAAAAAUUAUCCAGUAAACUUUAUUUCUUCUAAUAUUUUUCUUCAAAUGUUUUUCUUUCAGUAUUGAAUACUUCAAAUACUAAGAAUUUGAUGUAUUUGAGGAUUUUAUUAGUCCAUCCCCAGCAAAUGAAUACAAACUCGUUAUUGCAAAGCGACAAAUGAUGGUCCCUUGAGGUUAGACUGACAUAUCAAAUCUCCGAAUGACUUUUUACUCCUAGUGAUUGAUCAUGAUGAAGUUCCUUCUUCCAUUAGUAAGCACCAAAACUGAAAGUUAUUCCAGGUACAUUAAUUUAGGAUUUUUUUGUUUUCUGGUAGGCUGCUAAGGUGGAGGAAGUGAAUUCUCAUAAGGGGUUAGAGUUUUAUUAGUAUUUGCAUAUAUUUUUUUUUCAUGCCUGUAUUUACUACAGUGCCUGUGAAAUUACUGUAUGUAAUUAUAAUUUUUUUUGUUUUAAUGUAUUGUAAGCAAGUUGAUAGUUAUUUUACACUCUCUUGUGUGAUAAUUGACUAGAGUUGAUGAAAAAUGUUUCAUGCUACGAAAUUGUAAUCAAGACAUGAAUGUUCAUUGACCAUAGGGCAAAAUUUUGUACAUACAUAUUUUUAAAGUUUGAAGAAAGACAUGGGUAUUGACAUAUUCAGUAUUCGGUCAAAGAAACAUAAUUUUUCCCUUUGAAAUUAGUGUGGUUGUGUUGAUAGUAUGAUCAUGGAUGUGAAAAUGUUCAUAUACUGUUGUGUGACGGAAUAAAACUAAAUGGUAGACACCAGUUA